UGGCCCAAUAUUCUCUCUCUCUCUCUCUCUCUCUCUCUCCAUUUGGGCCUGUAAAAGGAAGACAUAGACGUUGCUAGAAGAUAUCUCUGUAAAUUUGCGGGACACGAAAAUGCGCACGUCGGUCUGAUCAACCGUCGCUGUGGUUGGUUUGUAGAAUUUCUUGGUUAAAUAUUAUCUCUUUGGGGAAUUGAAUCGUCGGUUAGGAGUGGAGGGAGAUCUAAUUUAUUCUGAUAUCUGCUGUUAUUUGAGGAUCGGAGAGUUGCAUUUGUUGAUACAGAAGAUAGGGGUUUGAUCAAGGACUCAUUGAUGAUAAAAGAUAUCAUUUGGUACCAUAAAUUAUCCAACAAAGAUGGGCCAAAGAAAUAUGCUAUGUACAAGCCAGAUGCUUGAUUUGGAAAUGGAUCAACAAGGCCAGGGCCAUGUCCCACCUGAGCCAUGCAUUCUUGUGGGGAACAUCUCCGAUUUUGCGCACCCUAAUAUCCAUCCAGUUUUGUCAGCUUCUGGGAAUACAAGUAAUCUUGAUCCUCAUCAUUUGCCAGACCAUCACGAUAAUAGUAUAUUCUAUGGGACCCAAUAUAACAGCCAUCAUUUUCAUAACCCUGUUGCAAACCUUGAUUUUGGUGGCUCAGCGACAUCCAACUUCUACAAUCCCUACAUGAUACCUUCAUCUAGUAACCGAAUGUUCCCUGUUCGACUAAAUCAUGGUUCUGCUGAUCAGUUGCCUUCUUCCAGUAAUCAUGGAAUAAAUGGAGUUGGUUUGGAUGAAUAUGAAAGGACUAGUCACUUCAUGAUUGGUGCUAGAGGUUCAUCCAAGAGAAAAAAUGCAGAAGGGAUUCCAAGGAGCAACCAACAUAUUAAUGGGUCAACAAGCUCAAGUUCAUCUUCAUCGGGUGUCCCCAUGAAUUUAGGGCUGCACCAAUGGGAUGAACAAUACAGACUCAUUGCUGGUACACUGGAUGUUGGGUCUUUCGCUCCACCUGAGUAUAGAGGUAAUGGUAUUGUAUCAGUCACUGAAGGAGGAGUUCGGAGAAGUGUGAGGAGCAGAUCAAGUCCUUCAGGCCUUCAAAUGGAGUCCAUUUUGGCACAUAACCAUGGUCAUUUACUUCAAGGAAAUUACAUGGUUCAGCCUUUUCAUCCAGUCAACAAUCCUUGGGUGGAACAACAGUUUGAGAGUAAUGGUGGAGAUAGAGGCACUUCAUCCUGGAACUGUGCACCUGCUUUACCUUAUUUGCAUGGGAGGAGUGUCAAUGGUGGUUCUUUAGAGAUUGGAAAUACCAUGGGGCAGGGAUACCAGGAGGUGACAAACAACAGUAAUUCCACAAUUCUUUUUUAUCCUCCCCCUAUGAACCAUCAGCACAGUCAGCAGUAUCAUGAUACUCACCAUCAUCAUCACCAACUACCUCCAGCUAUGCAAGGCAUGCAAGGACAAAAUUAUGGUUACCAGCAUCAAUUGCCAACACUUCCAUUUGUGCAUCCAUUGAAUAGCACCUUGCUCCAGAGCAGUCUGAAUCCAUCUCAUAAUGAUGUUGUGCCAGGGCCUAGGUCUCAGAGGCCCUUCCUACCAACUGGCUUUAGGAUAUACCGACCUAACAGAAGGGAAGUACCUCAGGCUGCUCCAGAAGAGGGAAACAGACCUCGUUUUAGAAUUGUUUCAGAUAAUGAUGUUGCUAUACUAGAGUUUCAAGGCCUGGGGGAUUUUAUUGAUCAUCAUAGUGAUAUGAGGUUGGAUAUAGAUCACAUGUCUUAUGAGGAGCUGCUUGCCUUGGAGGAACGGAUUGGUAAUGUCAAUACUGGAUUGACAGAGGAAAUCAUCACAAGGCAACUAAAAACAAGAACUCAUGCUUCAUCACCAGUCUAUUUAAAUUUGGAUGAGCCACCAAGCACUGAUCAGGAGACUGAGACCUGCAUUAUAUGCCAGGUUAACUAUGAGAACCAGGAGAAGAUUGGCACUCUCAGCUGUGAUCAUGAAUACCAUGCAGAUUGCAUAAGAAAAUGGCUUUUGGUGAAGAAUGUGUGUCCCAUAUGCAAAACUACAGCUUUGGCUGUGGAUAGCAAGGAUGGAUAGAGGCGAGUUGAGACCCCAACCCACCCAAUCUUAUGUUUUCCGUUAUUUUUUUCCUGUUCUGUACAUAUUCACACCUUUUCUCACUGUUCAAACUAUUCAUUGUUUAUCACUUUAUCCCUCAGUAUGUGGGGGAAACUCUCUCUCUCUCUCUCUCUCUCUCUCUCCCUCUCUCUCCCGUUGUACAAAAACUCAUUCAACAUUCAUUCAAGCACUGCAGGAUGAAUCUACAGUGGACUAAUAAUGGAAAAGUUCGCAUAGGUGUCAUCUCAUUAGUUUUAUUAUUGUUGUUUAACUAAUUCCUCGAAUUUUCUUUAACAAAAUAUUGGCAAUUUGGAUGUUUUCUCA